CCACCAACUGAUCCAUAUAUUGUAGCCUUUCGAGGGAUUCACUUCGUUUCAUUCAUCUAGCUACCACACUCCUAAGUGAAUUACGUUCUGGACAUGGCAGAAAGCAGUAAAACAAUUCAACUGUUGAUUAUAUCCAAAUCGAAGUAUGGAUCACAACGCUGGUGUUACUUGGGGUUGGAUAGAAGCGGUAAAGGCAGAAUCUAUAGGCCUAUCCCCUCGCAAGGGUUAGAACAACCUAACGAAGAAGAUUUCUUUUGGCUAUCACAAUAUGACUUCCAAGUGGGUGAGACACAUGAGUUUGGCGUCGUUCAUCAAGAUCCAAAGAGCAAUCAUGACAAUGAUCCCUUGCCUCAUCGUAACGAUGAUAUCCAAGUUAAUCACAAGAGUCUCGUCGCAGAAGCUGGCAUGGUCAAUAUGGACAAUAUGUAGAAGAAGGUACAAAUUGCUCUUCCUGUGGCAUCUACAAGUCUACAAGAGAAGCAGCCUUACAGCAUCCCCCUGUACCUGUCUUAGUCAUUAUCCUUCCUAAACCGACCGCAGAGAGUAAAUCUGGCCAAGACACGUAACAGAAUGAACAGUUAUGAACAGUACGAACGCAAUAUUUUCACUUUAGUAACAUUUUAGUUUACCAACAUGUAACUAGAGAGAAAAAAAAGGGACAUCAGUGUGUUCGACUGAGAUCGCUGGUUAUCGUUUUUAUUCGGUGUUCAGUUUACCUAUAUAA